UCCGGAAUCUUGAGGCAUAAGUUAGCGCAGCGGCACAAAAAAACAAGAAAAAACAAUCGAUAUUAUAUUAUUUUGUACUCAACCACUAUGUGUAGUAAGCAAUCUCGGAUGCAAGAAAACGUUUCACGGGGGCUCGUCUUGGGGUCCAAAGAAACGUCCAUAGGAGUCGACGGGAGCCACUGGCCACGCUGAGUGGCUCCUUUUGUGUGCCGCUGCUAGAUCCCUAGUCGAGAAAAACGCGAAGCCUUGCCGAGGCAGGACUAGCCCAGCCGUAAGUGCCCGAACCAUUGAUUCCCGUCGGUGGUUCGCGCUCUUGACAACGAGUCCGCCGUUCGAGCGAACGAGCCACCCUUCGCCUCUUGGAGCCGUGUCGCGUCAUCGUCGCUCGACUUGCCGACGACAGGCAGCCCCCCGAUGCGUCGACGGAGCCCCGCAAGCCACGAGCGAAGCGAGCAUGCGGGUUCGGUGCCCAGCGCGCCAGAGUCCCUACUCAGCCGGCUUUCGCCGGCCACCGACGACGCAAGACCCGCCGUCCCCGUCUCUUUCUCGUGAGCGAGUCGUCGGAGCCUAGUUGCACCGCGGACGCGGCCGCGCUGACAAGAAUGAACGCGUUUGAGGCGGUCUAUCCGCCGCUGCUGCCCGCCAGCGGGGAUACCCCGUACGGGAGCGAUUCCGACGGCGAAGACGACGUGAUCGACGUGCUGUCAGCGGAUCACUGCGCGGGCGAACACAGCUAUACGAUGCCCAUGCCGCCCAGCAUGAUCCUCGAGGCGCAGGAACGUCGAGCGGCGCGUCGGCCCGCUCCGCAGCCCGAGCUGCCGUCGCUGUCACCGGAACUGUCGGCCGCGCAUCGCCUCGUUGAGUGGAUGGGUUCGCCAGUGUGUCGAAAGUACAGUGCUCCGUUCCUCGAGCCGAUGGAAGCCGAACAGAGACCGGCCUACGCCAAGGUGGUGCGUCGACCCAUGUGCCUGUCGCGGGUCAGAGCAUCCCUGGACGCCGACGAGUACGCUAGUAUCACCGAGGUGGUGAGGGACCUCAGACUCAUCCUGGAGAACUGUUACCGGUUCUUCGGGCCGUCUCACUGCUUCUCCAAGAAGGCGCAGAAGUUGGAGACGGUGCUGGAACAGAAACUGGCGCUCUUGCCGCGAGAGCUGAGGGAGAAGACAACCCUGGAGGCAACGACUCUCGACAACCGGGACGUGUGUGCCCAGCGUGCGGGGCGCCGUGCCCGCCUGUCGAACCUGCUCCCGUCGGGGGAGAGCUCGGCCCUGCUGCAGCUGGUGAAGGCGGAGAAGGCGGCCCGUGCCCGGGAGGAGCGCCUGAAGCAGCGCGAGGAGCGCAAGGUGGAGAAGGAGGUGGCGCAGCAGGCGGCCGCCGACUGGGACAACGCCACCUUCGCCGAGGGACUCGCCCAGCUCUCCUCCUUCUGGGAGGUGCCGCAGGUGUGUCAGUUCCUGCGGGUGACCCAGGAGCCCCUGCAGCUGCCCCAGGCCCCCAUGUGCGAGCUGGAGCGCAUGUUUCUCAUGCCCCAGAAGAGCAGCCUGCUCGCAGUCUUCAUGACCUGCCUCCUGGUGGCGCCCCAACACCGACCAAAGGUGCUGGUGCAACCCCCGAUGCCGUACCGGGUCUGGGCGGAGCGGCUACGCAACCGGUUGCAGGUUUGGUACCGUACCUACCAUGGCAGUCAGCGCAACGGCCUCAAGGUGUUCGAGGCACACGGAAUAGAGGAGCAGUUCUUUACCGUGCUGGGUGAUGCCGACCCUCUGGAUUCCAAGGACUACCACGACCUGACUCUUCACCACAGGGUCUGGCUCUUCAAGGCCCUUUGUGACCACAAGCUGGGCCAGCACCGGCGGGUGCAGGAGUGGAUGGCGGAGCAGGAGGCGGACUCCCUGCGCGAGACGCUGCUGGGGCAGGACCGGGAGGGGCGAACCUACCUCUACUUCCCCUGCCUGUGCGAGCAGGACCUCCGCAUCUACCGCCAGGGGCGGCUCGAGUACCAGGAGACGCCGGAGGUGGUGCCGUCCGCGACCAAGAAGUCUGCCAAGCACGGCAAGAAGAAAGGACGGACGCGACGCAGCUCUUCCAAGAAAUCGUCACGGCAGCGCAAGGCCCAAGCGACGUCAACCGCAGACGAGAAAAAAGAAGCGGAGAAGAAAGACGAGGCGUCUGGUUCUGCGGACGCCGAACCGGAGAAGGGACCAGAAACAAAAGCGGCACCGUCUCCAAGCGCCGGCGCAAGCGUCAAGGAAAUGCCGUCUUUCGAAACGGUUGUCAACAGCGUCGCCAGCCUGCGCGCCCUUAUUGCGCAGUUUGGCGAGGGCGACGUCGAGGCGGCCUCCGACGCAGUCACCACCAGGAGUCAGCACAAGGAAGAUCAGGCGGACCAGAAGAAUGAGGCGGAGUUAGUGGAGCGUCUGCGGGAGUUGCUCGCGGAGCUUGAGCCGAGUGAGAACAAGUUCCAGCAGACGGAGGCGGCGGUGCGGAUCAAGCUUCACAAGGAGUGGCACAGCGACGUGCCGGACGGACAGAACGAGGAAGACGCCGAGGAAGCACUGGAUUCCUGGACAAUGCACUACAAGGACGAAGAAGGCUUCGAGGAGUCGUCUUCGGACGAGAGCGUUGGCCUAGGAGAGGGAAAGGACAAUGAAGAAGACUACCUGGAGGAAGACGCGAUGGAAGACAGCGGCUGGCGCGUCCUCCGCAAGCGCAAGAUUGCGCUGCCGCUAACCAACGGCGUCGCGGAUGCCGAAGCGGUGCCCCAAGUGCCGCCCACGAAAGAGCCCGCUCCAGCACGAAACAGCUCUUCGAACCUCAAGCGCUUCUUGCCCGCAAACCUGGAACGGCCGCCCCCGAGGGCCAAGCUAAACCCCGAACCGAUCGCGGUGCCGAACCUCCUCAGGACGGGCUCCAAACGUCCCAUCGCGAGCUACACGGUAAUCCGCGGACCGAGUGCUCCAGUUGUGAAGUUCAGCCCGGAACCCGCCAUGUCCAAGGUCAAGGUGCGCCUCGAGGCCGCCAAGCCGGCCUUCAGGACGUACUCGCAGUCCGCCACGACCGGCGUCGCCGUGCAGAAGGUUGCAAAGCCAGUGACGAGCGAAGCUUUGACGAGCAAGUCGGCGCACGCGGCAUUGAGCCAGCAUAUGUCGGUCGUAACGACCAACGCCGACCAGAAAGCCAAUUGUCGCAAUCAGAACGUACGCACGUUGUUGGCUGCGGGCAUCGUCAAUUUCUCGGUGCCCCCGAAACCGGUGGUGCCGGGACGGAACCGUGUGGCGUCGGCAGAUUCGACGGCCAUAAUCCAGAAGCAUACUCAUCUAGCCGAGCCGGCGACGACAGCUUCGAGCCCCGGACCGCCCAUUGAACCGACGACACCGGUUUCGAGGCAGACCUUGUGCAACUGGGGGACGACCGUUUACAGCCCUAACAAACAUGUCAGGCCGGCGGUUAAGAAGCAUACUCCGUUUUCCCGGGAGGAGACCGUUUACAACUCCGUAUCGUCCGCUUCCGCACCAGCUGCAGUUGCAGUUCGGAACUGCGAACCGACGCCAGCCGUGGCUCAGAAUCGAGUUCCGCUGUUGGAGCUUGCAAGCGUCAUUCCACAAGCUGAAGGCCCCAUCCCCAUCCCCGAGCCACAACCCCCAAACCCCCGGACGUUCUUCUACGGAAAUGUGUCGGAACAACGGACCAAGCCUGCCGCGACGUUCACAAACAGCUUUCCACCGAAAUCGUCGGGGUUCCAGCAGACAUCGAGGACAACUCAGACGAGCAAGGCCGUCCUCGUGCCCGCCGUGGACGGGAGUGGUCAGGAGAUCCUCCUGCACGUCGAGUACUCGACCGUCGACGAGAUGCCGACGAACACGCAGUCGUUCACGCCCGUCACACAACCCUCCGUUCCACAGACAGUCGCUUCGAUGCAGAACCACAGGCGCGACACGCCGAAAUGGUCUCGCAACCCGCCCUGGUGGAAGCGGGGCUCCUGUGCGCCGCCCGUGAGGGCAAAAGACCCGCCUCCGCUUGCGCCCAUCGCGCACCGCAAGAUCUUCAAAUCCCGCAACAUCGUCGCCGCGACUCCGCAGUGCCGGUCCGCCGAGCAACAGGCGGAGGCCGCUUCCGCCGAGUGCGCGACUCCCUUGACGGCCGCUGACUUCAUGACUCUGUCGGGGCAGCCCAUGCUCGCGGCGUCUGGCUCCAACGGUUCUCAGCUCGUGUUCCUGAUGCCGCAGGAGACGCAGCAGAAGAUGCCAAUGAGUCAGCUCGUUUUGCAAGCCCCGCAAGAGCAGCAGCAGCAGCAGCAGCCGCAGCAGCCGGAGCCGAUGCAGACGAUGGGGCUGCCUCAAGAGCUGCUCUCUUCGGAAGUACUGGGCCAAGAGCUUCUGAAUCAGGAAAUCCUGAAUCAGGAGAUUCUGAACCAGGAAAUGUUGAAUCAGGAGAUCCUGAAUCAGGAAAUCCUGAAUCAGGAGCUGCUGAAUCAGGUCCUUCCAGGCCAUCAGCAGCAGCAGCAGCAGCAGCAGCUUCUCGCGGGGCCGGCGGCGAUGGUCACCGAGGAACAGCAGGCGGUGCAGAUCUUGUCGGGUGCGGGGACUGCGCAGCAGACGCCUCUUUUGCUCCUGACGAGCGACGGUCGUCUGCUACAGGUGGUGCAGCAGCACAGCUGACCACAGGAGCCGCCGUGUUGGCUGCAGGGCCUCAAUCCGUUCGUUCAGCAAAGCCUGCCUCAGUGGGACUGACAUCUGCUAUGUACAUAGUGUUCCGAGCCUCCAGUUUUUUGGCGCGGAGGGCGACCCAAAUAAAGCUACUCUUUGCAACCUUC